AUGGCCUCACGAGGACCUCCCGGCGCCCGCGGCAUGGGCAACAACCGCUUUGCGCAGUUUAAGUUGGUGCUGUUGGGCGAGUCGGCUGUUGGCAAGAGUUCUAUAGUAUUGCGGUUCGUCAAGGACCAGUUUGACUCUUACCGAGAAUCCACCAUCGGUGCCGCCUUUUUAACACAGACUAUCUCGCUCGACGAGAACACUACGGUCAAGUUUGAGAUCUGGGACACAGCUGGCCAGGAAAGAUACAAGUCUCUGGCUCCCAUGUACUACCGGAAUGCAAACUGUGCGGUAGUGGUAUACGACAUUACACAAUCUGCAUCUUUGGAUAAGGCGAAAGCUUGGGUGAAGGAGCUUCAGAGGCAGGCAAAUGAGAACAUCAUUAUUGCGCUCGCAGGCAACAAGCUCGAUUUGGUCACGGAGCAGCCGGACAAAAGGGCAGUGCCGACGUCCGAGGCCGAGGCAUAUGCCAGGGAAGCAGGCCUGCUGUUCUUCGAGACAUCAGCAAAGACUGCAGAGAAUGUGCGCGAUCUUUUCACUGCCAUCGCGAAAAAGCUUCCCCUGGACCAAGCCGGGCCCAGGCACGCCAGGCCAGGUCGGGGUGCAGGCGUCAGCCUAAAUCCACCUGAGGGUGCCAACACACAAACCAACGGUUCUUGGGCUGCUUUGCUUGAUGUCACCGGUGCAUCCGUGAGGGGGCCCGGCGGUAGGCAACUUGCCUCCGUCGCUGGCCGCCAAUGGCAGGCUGCGCCCGCUCUGGCCGUCGGAAGGCGAUUCUAUUCCGACGACAAGAAGCUGGGCUCCCAAGCUCCCCAGCCCGUCGUCCUGCCUGCCUCGGAAACAAGGACAGCAGCCUCGAGCACUGCACCCCCGCCAGCGAACCCAGCCGCCGUCAAGGAGGCCCAGAUCCCGGCUGACAGUGUUCCUUUGACGCCUCCAGAGCCGCCCAAGACGACGACGGCAGUUCCUCCACCACCACCACCACCUCGCAAGCGAGGCUUCUUCCGAAGGUUGCGCAACUACAUGCUGACCCUGUCAAUCCUGGGCGCACUUGCCUUCGGCGGCGGCGUGUGGUACUCUCGUGUCAACGACAACUUCCACGACUUCUUCACCGAGUAUGUUCCCUAUGGCGAGCAGGCAGUGCUGUACUUGGAGGAGAUGGAUUUCCGUAAGCGGUUCCCAACCAUCGCCUCCCACCAGCGUGUCCCUGGGGCUCGGGACCCCGAUGGCAGCGUCAAGAUUCCCGCCCAGAGCGGUGCUUCGUGGCGUGUUGCCGACACGCAGUCACCUUCGAAGCGUGAGUCGAGCGCUGUCAAUGAUGCCAAGAGCGCUGCGAAGGUCGAACAGCCCAAAGAGUCCGCGGCUGUGUCGAAGGCUCUGGCUGCCGAACCCAAGCCUGAGCCCGUUGCUGUUGCAGAGGCCGUGGAGCCUGUGAAGGCGACAAAGUCCAAGGCUCAGAGGAAAGCUUCCAUCUCCGACGCCACCGCUGCAGCUGAGGAGGCCAUCAUCCCUGCUCAGCUGGGUGCUCCGGCCGUGAAACCCGCUGUGAAUGAUUUCAAGCCACCAGAGGUAGACGAGCCCUCGCGCUGGCCACCUGCGUCUCCUAUCGACCCGCUCGCCGUUCCCGACGCGACCGAGCCUGUGGUUCAGGACCUGGUUCACAUGCUGAAUGACAUCAUCACUGUCAUCAACGCCGACGGCGCCAAUGAGAGAUACGGCUCGACCAUCGGUAAGGCUAAGGAGGAAGCAAACAAGCUUGGCCAAAAGAUCAAGGCCAUGAAGGCUGCGGUUGAGGAGGAAGCCGCCAAGAGGGUCCAGGAGAACAUUGACAGGAUAGAAUCCAACGCAAAUGAGCUGAUCCAGCGCAUUGAAUCCCACAUGACUGCGCAGGAGCAGCGAUGGCGUCAGGAGUUUGAGGAGGAGAUGGUUCGUGUUCAGGAGGUUUUCAACGAGCGCAUCAAGACCAUGACGGAGCGUGAGAGGCAGAUCGCCGAGCAGAAGCUGAACAACAGCCUCCUGGAGCAGGCGGUUGAGCUUCAGCGCAAGUUCAAGGAGGAAAUCCAGCAGCGCGUCGAGGCUGAACGCGAAGGCAGGCUCGGUCAGCUCGAGUCGCUCAGCAACGCCGUCAAGGAGCUCGACAGCCUGACCUCGGGCUGGAGCGACGCUAUUUGGGAAACCAAGCGCACUCAGCAGCUCCACGUCGCCGUUGAGGCCGUCCGUGCCAGCCUGGAUUCCGGCGCAUCCUCGACUGGGUUCGCCGCCCCUCGGCCCUUCAUCAGGGAGCUGGUGGCGCUCAAGGAGAUUGCUGCUGGCGACCCUGUCGUCGACUCAGCCAUUGCCUCCAUCAACCCGUCUGCAUACCAGCACGGCAUCCCCACGCGCGCUGAGCUGAUCGAGCGCUUCCGUCGCGUUGCCGGCGAGGUCCGCAAGGCGGCACUUCUGCCAGCCGAUGCAGGCGUUGCUUCGCAUGCCAGCAGCCUGGUGCUCAGCAAGAUCAUGUUCCGCAAGAAGCCUAGCCACAACGGCAGCGUGGCGGACCCAGAUGGUGAUGACGUUGAGAGCGUGCUCUCUCGCACCCAGGCUUUCCUCGAGGAGGGCGACCUGGACAACGCCGCGAGGGAGGUCAACGGGCUUCAAGGAUGGGCCAAGACAUUGAGCCGCGACUGGCUUAGUGAGGUCAGGAAAGUCUUGGAAGUGCAGCAGGCGCUUGAUGUCAUCCAAACCGAGGCCAGAUUACAGAGCUUGAAGGUUGAGUCGUGA